AACCGUUAACAUAACUCCGUGGUAAACUCAACCUAAAACGUCGAGAAACUACACUAAGAAAACGUUAACCGUUGACGUUACUCCGUGCUACACUAAGUUUGUCGGCAUCAUGGAGCACAUGUCGUCUCCGGUUCGGUUCCGCAGCGGUAAGAGAGCUGCUACUUUCUCAGAGAACAAGACCAGGUCAACAGGACGGUGUGAGCACUGAAGACAUUUGUAGUGUAUCUCCUGUAAGCCAGGUGUGGAGGCCUGGUUGUCCAAAGUGCACAGGGUAGCAAAUGGAGGCCCUCUGUGAGGAAAUGACCAGUGAGGAAACCAAAGCAGUUGUGGAUGGCAUGUUGUCCAGUCUGUCCAUUGAGGACCAAGAGGACACUCACUUUCCAUACGCCAUGAGGGAUCUCCCUCCCGUCUCUCAGCCUGGCGAACAGCACCAGGCACCAGUCCACCAAGAGGCAGAGGAACCUGGGACAGCAACCAACGGAAGACUGCCCAGCCUCCCUGGGACUCCCUCCCUGCCCCGUCCCAUCCCCUGCCACCCUCCUGGCUCUCCAACAGUCCCUCAUAGACCAAGUCGUGCGGGAACAGAAAGAGAGUUUCACCCACCGCCUCUGAGGAGGCAGCUCGUCUCUCAGGUGUCUGUGGAUUGUCCACUUAGUCCGGCCUCACGUCCACACAGCCCUUGGGGACGCUUUGACCCCUAUGUCUCUCCAGAGGAUCUGGACAAGGAGUAUGUGGGUUUUGCCACAUUGCCCAACCAGGUUCACAGAAAGACAGUGAAAAAAGGUUUCACGUUUACGCUUAUGGUGGCAGGGGAGUCUGGCCUGGGUAAAUCCACAUUAAUCAACAGCUUGUUCCUCACUGACCUGUACAAAGACAGGAAGGUUCCCAAUGCACAAGAACGGAUCAAUCAAACAGUCGACAUCAUCAAACACACAAUUAGCAUCGAAGAGAAAGGAAUCAAAUUGAGGCUCACCAUCAUAGACACACCAGGGUUUGGGGACGCUGUCAACAACACAGAAAGCUGGAAGCCAAUAGAAGACUACAUCGACCAGCAGUUUGAACAGUACUUCAGAGAUGAGAGCGGGUUGAACAGAAGGAACAUCCAGGACAACAGAGUCCACUGCUGCCUCUACUUCAUCUCUCCAUUUGGCCACGGUCUGCGACCUCUGGAUGUGGCGUGUAUGAAGGCCUUGCAUGAAAAAGUCAACAUAGUUCCUGUAGUGGCCAAAGCUGACAGCCUGACGCAAGCAGAGGUCUACAGAAAGAAGCAGAAGAUCAGAGAGGAGAUCAAGCAGUUUGGGAUCAACAUCUACCAGUUUCCUGAGUGUGACUCAGAUGAAGACGAAGACUUUAAAAAUCACGACCAGCUACUCAAGGACAGCAUCCCGUUUGCAGUGAUUGGGAGUAAUGUUCAGAUGGAGAGUGAAGGUCGCAAGUUCAGGGGUCGUUUCUAUCCCUGGGGUUUUGUAGAAGUGGAAAACCCGGCUCACUCUGACUUCCUGCUGCUGAGGAACAUGCUGGUGAGAACAUACAUGCAGGAUCUGAAGGACGUGACGGCAGAGACACACUACGAAAACUUCAGGGCCCAGUGCAUCCAGAACAUGACGCGCAUGGUGGUGCAGGAGAGGAAACGCAGUUUGCGUGAGAAGCAUCGUGACCGGAGCGAAGCAGAUUUUCCUCUGCCCCUGGCUGCCUGUGACACAGAGACAGAGCGACUCAUCUUUGAAAAAGACGAAGAGCUGCGGAGGAUGCAGGAGGUGUUGGAGAGGGUUCAGGAGCACAUGCAGCACAACCAGAGAGGUGGCUUCUGACCCCCCCCC